UAGCUGUGGUGGACAUUGUUGUGCCUGCCCGCGUGCGUCCUCCAUUCCACGUGUUUCCGUCGUGCCGUCUAUUAUAUUCAAAGGAAACAAUUCCCACCUACUCGAGGUCCACUUGUAUUUCACUCCCUGUUAAUAUUUUCAACCUCUCUUGGCUUCGAUAAGUUCACUUGAGCAAAAAGCAGAUGAAGCUGAAAAGAAAGCAGAAGAGGUUGAGAAGAAAUAUGUUGCUGAGUGAAGAACGGCUUAGAAAGGCGAAGGAGGCAGAGUCACAAAUUGAGAAGCUCAAGAAUACAUUACAAAAGUUUGAAGCUAAACUUUCAAAUGUCGAAUCUGAGGAUAAAGUUAUUCGUCAGCAAACAUUGGUCAAGUCACCUAUAAGGACCUUUUCGGAACGCAUAAUCACUACAAUUACUCAGACUCUUGAAAAUGGCUAUCAUGAGCUUGAGGAACCUGAUACUGUAAAAGUUACUGUUGCCAGUGAGGUACCUUUCAUCAAGGAGCCUGCUGAAAUUGAGAAUAAGCAACCAAGGCCUCUCAAUGACAUAGAGACCAAGCCACCAAGGCCACUUAAUGAUAUACAUGAAUCCAAUCAACGCGUAUUGCAGUCAAUCAUGGCGGACAAUAUACUUUCUUGAAGCGCGUCUAGAGGAUGUAUUUGGACGGUCAAGUUCAAGAAAUUCCUUAAAUUUGAUCGAUUUUGUGCUGGAAUCUACAAAGCAGGGCAACAAGUCAAGCAAGCAAUUAGACUUUGAUAUCAUGGGUCGGCCACUAUAUCAAGACUUUGAAAAUGACUAGAGACUUUUACAAAUUAUAAUAUUUUUUUUUUUUUGUUCUUGGACAUGAAUUGGAGUCAAUGGCUUAAUGGACCAUGGAUUUACUUC